AUGGGUUGGGUUUCAGAGACAGUUCAGUCUGUGAAGUCCAUCAAAUUCAGAGAAGCUUUGACCCAAGUCAUCACUCUCGGGUUGGUGGUAACAUCGGCGCUAGUUAUAUGGAAAGGGUUAAUGUGUAUCACUGGAACUGAAUCCCCCGUUGUUGUUGUUCUUUCCGGAAGCAUGGAACCUGGUUUUCAAAGAGGUGACAUUCUGUUCUUGCACAUGAAUAAUGAUCCUAUUCGUGCUGGAGACAUUGUGGUUUUCAAUAUAGAUGGACGUGAUAUUCCAAUUGUUCACCGAGUAAUUAAGGUCCAUCAGCGUCAAGAUACACAAGAGACUUAUUACCUUACUAAAGGAGACAAUAAUGAGAUGGAUGACAGGGUUUUGUACAAUCAUGGCCAGAAUUGGUUGGAGAAAAAGCAUAUUAUGGGCAAAGCUGCCGGGUUUUUACCUUAUGCUGGUUGGGCUACAAUAAUUAUGUCUGAAAAACCCAUUGUCAAGUAUAUACUCGUGGGGGCAUUGGGAGUAUUGGUUUUGACAUCAAAGGAAUAG